UUGAUAUUCGUAAUAAAAAUCGUAAUAUUAUUAAAACUUAUCUAUAAUUAAUGUGUUAAUGAUAACAGAAAGAACAAAAAUCACAACAAGUACAUAAACUGUAGAGCAACAUUGAAAAAAAAUCAGUAUACUGGUAUAAAGUAAUGUCCUCUUCCUCAAGUAAUAUUUCUCAGUCUACAUUCUCUACAUCCGAUCAAGAAACACCUCAUAAUACAGUGCAAAGGAUACAAAAUUUUGAUCAGUCAUUGAAUCAUGGUGACAUUGGACAUAGUAUAGAACAAUCUCUAAAAAAUGCACAGAAAGAAAUGCACCAAAAAAGAAUUCAAACAUUAAGAAAAGAAUUAGAAUAUCUUAAAAGCUCUGAGUGGAAGUAUGAUUAUGAAAAAGGUCACAUGCAAUAGUUUACCUUAACAAUACGAAGACUUAUAAAAAAUGAUUUCUACUAUCUUUGAUUUUUUUAAAUACAUAUUCAACAUAAAUAGCAACGAAAUUGAGACUGACGAAGAUAAAGAAAACUUUUUAGCUGAUGAGCUCUUACGAUUGGAAUUUGAGGAGGAAAAUAGAAAGCCAUGUACUUUUACUGAAACCAAUACCAUCCCAGAUGACGCAAAAUGUUUUCAGAGAAAUGGAAUAAUUACGGAUCAAGGAGAUGAUUAUGUUCUUAUCAAUGGAGACAUAUAUUAUGACACUUCAAAUUGUUCAUUAAAACUUAAUGUAGAUGACAAUAUUAUAUAUUUGGGGUAUAAGGAUCCAAAUGAGCGCACUGUAGUUGUCAGAAUCAUAGAAAAUAAAGGCUACCAUUGGGGUGAUGAUUUCCAAGAGGAGGAACAGAAGUUUGAUGUCAUCGAACAUAUUUUGGUGGGCCAAGUUAAAUUCAGACAGGAGCGUUUUGUUUUCAUCAACGAGAGUGACCUAAAAUUUAACUUAGAUGAUGUAGAAGGAACAUUUGUACCUAUACAGGGUGAUUGGAUUGAAAUAAAGUCAAUUGUUCAGAAAAACAAUAAUAAACCCUCAGAUAUAUCAGCAAACCAGGUGUUAAAAGUAAUGUCAUUCAAAGCACUGAGAACUAAAAUAAAAAGUGCUACAGUAACAGAACAUUUUGGAGAAUAUGGCACUUGUAAUAAAAACAUUUACUUCAAUAAAGACUCCAUUGUGGAUGGAGUGGAGAUUCAAAAGGGUUCCAAGGUUAUGGUUGAAGCCGUUGAAAGUACUCAAGGUCAUUGUGUGUGGAGAGCUCUUAAAGUUUUGUUACUAGACAAUAAUAGUGUUGUCACCGGCCAAAUUACUCCAGAUGAAACAGAGCCUAAUGAUGAGGACCACCUUAAGGUUGAAAAAGAUAAAAACAUUGAAGUCACUUAUCCUAUCAAAUUCUGCCUCAACAUGAACAAAACUGAUACCACUCAAUUAAAAAUAACUAACAAAAGCAAACAAACUUAUGUUAUGAAUAAAUGGAUUAUAUUGGGCAAAAAGAGAGAUUCUCAAAUAAAUGUGAAGCCAUUCUUGAAUUCCCCAGUGAGAAUUGAAUCUGGAAAUACUUUCGUGUUUUCAGUUGAAUGUACCCCAAAAUUCUUUGGCACUACGAGAGAAACAUUUAUUUUACUAUUUAGAGGAUUUCAGGUAAAGAGGAUUAUAGAAAUAGAUGUGGUUAAUGAUUUUAGUAUUGGCAACAUUAAUGAAAACAGUAUUGGUUUAUCUGAAUCUCAAAAAGUUGACAAUAUGCAAAAUAUCAGACAAAAAGAUCCCACAUUUGUUCCUGGAGUAAAAAGUUUAAGAAGUUGUAACUUUAUAGCUGUUAGAAUAGGCAAUUUCCCGAUACCUGAUAAAAUCUGGUCUGUUCUGCUGGGAGAUCCAAAUGAUGAAAAUUUUGGCAAUCGUUAUGAAAAGACUUUAUCAAGAAUCGAUCAUUAUUUGCCAUGUCUUAAUCAAGAGCUAAAUGUAUUUAACUAUACGGACAUAUGGCAUACAUUGUUGUAUAUGGAAGAAAUCGAAGCAAAUAUUAAUAUGCGAGUUUAUGACAAAAGUAAUAUAUUUUUGUUAAAAUAUCAGGACUACCUGGGUAUCGAAAUUCCUGGACUCGCCGAGAGAAGACCUUCAUUGAUCAAAGGAGACAGGGCACUAGUAAAAGAUGCUUGGGAUAAGGAAGCCCGUCAAUAUGAAGGUUUUGUCCAUGAAAUAAGAGGAAAUUUAGUGCUUAUGAAAUUUAACCCUCAAUUUCAGAGCAGUUACAGCGGCAGUGAUGUUUCAAUUGAAUUCCACUUCUCCAGAACAAUUUACAGGCGAGCACACCAUUCUAUUAACCUUGCAAUAUCUAACCUCGGUUCGGAUAUUUUGUUUCCGUCUAAAUUAAAAUUACGACUGCCGCAAGUAACAGAUGAGGCAAUAGAAAAUAUCAAAUGGUAUAAUAACAAUCUUAACAGUAAUCAAAAGGCAGCAGUAACUAAUAUACUUAGAGGAGAAUGUCGCCCUCUGCCUUAUAUCAUAUUUGGUCCUCCAGGGACUGGAAAAACAAUCACUGUCAUAGAAACAGUCCUGCAAAUAUUAACACAAAUUCCAGAAAGUCGGAUCUUGAUUGCCACUCCAUCUAACAGUGCCUCCAAUUUAGUCACAGAAAGGCUGAUUAAAUAUAAAGAUUCAUUCUCUGGUUCUGUUGUGAGGAUAAUCGCUAAUUAUUUAGUCGAUUCGGAUACAAUUCCUGAAGCAAUAAAACCAUUUUGUGCUACAAUAGAUAUAUCUGCUGAAAACUCUGCAAAGUCUAAACACACAGUGAAAGAUAAUAUGAAUUUGUCUUGCCAAAAAUCUUUUAUCGGUCGCCAUAGAGUAACUAUAGGCACAUGCAACUCGCUCGGCGCAAUGAAACACUGGGACCUACCAAGAGGACAUUUCACUCACAUCAUAGUAGAUGAAGCUGGACAAGCGACCGAGCCAGAAAUAAUGGUACCUCUGACAUUUACUGACAAAGAGUAUGGGCAAAUUAUUCUUGCAGGUGAUCCCAUGCAACUGGGACCAGUUGUUGUGUCAAAAUACUGUAAAGAAUAUUUCAUGGAUGAGUCAUAUUUAUGCAGAAUUCUACAAACAUUUCCCUAUCUGAAGGACAAAGAUGCUUUUAAAAAUGGUUUUGAUGAUAGACUAGUGACAAAGCUCAAUGAUAAUUAUAGGUCUUUGGAAGAAGUUUUGAAACUACCCAGUGAAAUGUUUUAUGAUGGCUCACUUGUUGUCAAAAUGGUGAAAGAUAUUUCAGAAAUAAUGAGGCUCAAAAAAGCUACGUCUAGCAUUUUCCAGUUACCAGAUAUUAAUGAUGGUGGUGGUAUUUUUGUUUAUGGCAUUAAUGGAACUAAUACCCGAGCUGAGGAUAGUCCAUCUUGGUAUAACCCUCAAGAAGCAUCUAUGGUCGCUUUAACAGCUUGUAAGUUGUAUAAGAAUGAUGUGAUUGCGGAUGAAAUUGGUAUUAUUACUCCAUAUAUUGCACAGGUCAAAUACCUACGACUACUUUUCGAUUCCAUGGGACUACCCCGACCAAAAAUUGGUACAGUUGAAGAAUUUCAGGGACAAGAAAGACCUAUCAUACUUAUAUCUACUGUAAGGUCGGCAGAAUCACAUCUGUUAGAAGAUUUGAAACAUGCUUUAGGUUUUCUGAGAAACCCUAAACGAUUGAACGUAGCAAUCACGAGAGCUCAAAUAUCAGUUAUAUUAUUUUGUAAUCCAUAUCUACUCACUAAAGAUAGACUGUGGAAUAAUGUUAUAGGUUACUCAAUUUCACAAAACAAGUAUAUGGGCUGUAAAUUGCCACUAGAGUACUCCAGUGUGACUGUGAAUGAAGAAUUAUAAUAAAGAAAGUUU